GUUCCAAACCCAAACAGCAUUUACCAGCUAUCUACUGAUCGUGUUUGUUGGUGACAGAUUGUACUCGCUGGCUUAAGAACUUCCAGAAUCUACAUACUUACCUCAUUGCAUGGAACCCAAAUCCAAAUAAACCUCUAAAUAAAGUGGUAUCCACAGCCCCACCAAUCGCUACAAUCCUAGGGCUACCCAUCAUCUCUUUUUUCAGUUUUUUUCUUCUUUCCCCUCUUCCCCUCACAAUCCAUAUUUUUGGGAUUGUUGAAAAUUUUGGCCCCCCACUAUCUACACCUUACAAAAUCCAAAACAAGUGAAUUGAAGUAAAAGAUUCACAUAAAAAUCAAAAAAGAAUUUUCAGGACGAGGAGAUAAAAUUCAUUACUCCGGCCGACACUCUGAUCGAUAUUUGUUUUCAGACAACAUGAGUUCAGAGAAGGCGAGGGCAUCCCAUUUGCUUAUCAAGCACCAGGGAUCAAGGAGGCCCGAGUCAUGGAGGGAUCCAGAUGGUGCCAGGAUCAAGAACACUACCAAAGAAGCUGCUAUUGCUCAGCUCAGAGGGCUGAGGGAAGAAAUUGUAUCAGGACGAUCAAGUUUUGGAGACCUGGCAUCACAAUACUCUGACUGCAGUUCUGCUAAGAGGCUUGGAGAUUUAGGGUCAUUUACUCGAGGCAGAAUGCAGAAGCCUUUUGAAGAUGCCACAUUUGCCUUGAAAGUUGGUGAGAUUAGUGGUAUUGUGGAAACAGACAGUGGGGUGCACAUUAUCCUAAGAACAGGAUAAUGAUUGGAACAAUCUUAUUAUUGCAUUACAUACAUAGGAUACUGUAUUGUUUAUGCCUUAUGGUAAUACAAUUUUAUGUGAACUAGCAAAAUGGCGUGAAAGGAUUGGCAUUAUCUGCGAGUGAACCUUUAACAGGCAUUUAGCCUACAGAUGGAUCAUUCUUCUUGUGAGGAGAGUUUAUGAGGGUUCUGUGGUUUCUAUGUUCAUGACAUGAAUUCACAACAGUGCUGAUAGAUAUAUACAAGAGAUGAUUGAAUAAAUGAUUAUCAUAGGAAAUUCAGUCUAUGACCAUUCUAAAUGGCAGAUGUAUCCUAUUUAUAUUUCAUAUAUAUAUACGUUGAAAACAUUGAAAUUA